AGCGCGCCGUGUGUCGCGAAGCCAUGGCUCUGGAUGGCCAGAGACUCAAGUCCAGAGAGCGCCCAAGGCGUUGCAAUGGCAUUUUUUGCUCGCGACUUGAUGGAAGCUUGUUUGGUUCACCAGAGAGCUUUGAAGCGCUUAGUGGAGCAGUACCCAUGGGCCGAGAGCCUGGUGCCGGACCUGAUGGAAGGGAUUUGGGCAGGAAGUGGCUCUCGCACACCCCACACCCCGUAUCAGGAGCGCUCCAGGCUUUCCUCUUAUGACCCGCCACAGGGUCUCAAGAGCCCUGGGAAUAACGCCAAGGCGAGUGUCUUUUCGGACGGCAGCAACGAUUCUGGUGUUGCAGUCUUUGAAACACUCCCCAUGGAAGAGGAGCAGAAGGAAAUUCCAGUUACAAUGUUGGAUGUGGGAGAGGUCAAGGUAAACGAGACUUUCCAAUCAUCGGAGGAAGCAGCUUCUCUUACUCUUCCGAAGCGAAAAUCAAUGAACGUCAAGUCUUGGAGAUCCCAAGCCAGGCAAACUACAGAAUUUGAGAGUGCUUUGGAGGAGACUCCAGUAUUGGAUGCCUUCGCUGGCGCAGGGGUGAUCUUGAAUGCACUGCUGAUUGCCUUCGAGCUGGAGUGUGAGGGGGCACGUGCCAGUAUCUCCAUUGGGCUCGUUGAUGGGAUGCAAUGUGAAGAUGCCAGGCCUCUCUUUCUUGUGACAGAACAUUUCUUCACAGCCUUUUUUGCUUUGGAGCUUUGCUGGCGGAUUUCGAGGGCAAGGUUGGCUUAUUUUAUGGACUGGUUCAAUGUUUUCGAUGCCUUUUUAGUGCUUGCGGGCUGUCUCGACCUGUAUGUGCUCCAGGCCGUGAUGCAAUCGCAGUCCUAUCUCCGAAUGCUUCGAUUGUUCAAACUGGCGCGUGUGGUGCGUUUGGUCCGUGUUACCCAGAUGUUUCGAGGCCUGCGCUUGCUGGUCUCAGCUUGCGGGAGCUUUCUUCCAGCUCUGGGAUGGGCGAUGGCACUGCUUUCCUUGUGCAUGAUCAUGGGUGGCGUCACUAUCGGCUUUCUGCUCCAAGGAUAUAUCGAGGAUGAGAACCAUCCAUUUGAAAGUCGCAAAUGGAUUUGGCUCCACUACGGCACUGCCUAUAGGGCGACCUAUACCAUGUACGAAAUCACCAUGGCGGGAAAUUGGCCGACGAACGUUCGACCAGUGUUGGAAAACGUAAGCCAUGCUUAUGUCUUUUUCUUCGUGGGCUACAUCACCGUGGUUGUUUUUGCGAUCAUCCGUGUGAUCACGGCGAUUUUUUUGUCCCAAACUUUAGAAGCGGCGAACAACGAUGUGGAGGUCAUGAUCCAAGAGCGAAUGCGAAAAAAAUCAAUGUUCGUAGAACAACUUGAAGGCAUUUUUGAGGCGAUCGAUGAAAGUGGGGACGGAUUGCUUUCAGAAGAGGAGAUGAAGGAGCUUCUGGCCGAUUCAAAGGUGCAGGCCUAUAUGGAAAGUCUGGAGGUUGCUUUGCCAGAGAGUGAAGCUUUGUUCCGCUUGCUCCAGAACAGUGACGGUCAAAUUACAUAUGAGGAUUUUAUUGAAGGAAUUUUGCGAUGCAAAGGGCCUGCCCGAGCCGUGGAUCAGAUUGUUUUACAUUCAGAAGUAAAAAGCCUGAACACUUUGAUUCAGAAAUUGCAAGACAAGAUGGAGGAGGCCCACCUCAUCCAAACCUGCAAAAGGCGGAGGAACAAGAAACACCACACAGGCUUAGCUAGCCAUAUGGCGUUGUUAUCCUCACCAACUCGAAGCCGAGCGAGCCUAUAUGUGAAGUGAGCCCUGUGCAGAUUUCUUUUCUGAGGGCCAGAGUGUGGGCAAGAAAUUGUCUUCUGGAUUAUGUCCUGCUUUCGGGUCAUUGGGCUCACCAUUGGGCUCUGGACUUAUUAUACUUCGU